AUGGUGGGUUGCAAGCAGCUGCCUACUAGCAUACCUGGUGUGAGAGCUCAACGACUUGUUAUCAAUGCAUCCUAUGUCGCUGCAACAUAUACGUACCUCGCGCUCACAACGUUUGGUCUUGCCUUGUUACUUGGCUGCACACUGCAUUACAAAAAAUUCCAUAUUCUCAUCGCUUUGACAUCUGGUCCACACUUUGCCCUUGUAUCUUUGCAGUAUUUCCUGAGGUGCUUGCCAAACACCAGUUUUCCGGGUUUCUUGUUUGUUGUAGGUAUCGUUCGGACAUUGAUGUGCAGUGGUUGGGUAUAUAUCAUGUCCAACGAUGACCAUGACAUGCAUGAUGUUCUCAUGGUUACAUAUAUCCUGUGCAACAUGCCAUGGAUGUGGGGAGGUGUUCUAUGUACUCCAAUUGGGCAUGUAAAAGUGUCUUACUUGUUUUGGUCCAUCUUCACGUCCCUCAUCACUACCCUGUUCUAUUUCUCUGUCUGGCAACUUGCACUUUCAGGCUUGGAGUUAUCUUUGCUCGUUCUGCUCUCCUCUGCACUUUUGGGCAUCAGGCCGUUGUGCACUUGGGCGCUUACGUGCAGUGGUCAGGUCAUGUUAAGGGUGGUGGUGAUUUUGACAGGCUCAGGGUCUUAUGCCUUGAAGAGCCCCAUGCAAAGGUUGAUUGUAGUCAACUUUGCGAAUAUGGUGCUCCUGGUAGGGCAGACCACCAACUGGGUUUGCGACAUAGUCCUUGGUCUAGAACUUGUAUUACUUUCUCUAGCAAAACAUGUGAAUCACUCAACAAAUCCUAUAUGGCCAAUGCUCAAUGAAGAGCCUUUUCUAGCAUUUUGCGUGCUAUAUGAACUUGCCACCCGCCCGUCCACCAUUCCAGAGGAAGAAAAGCAAAUAAGUGGUUCAAAAGAUAGCAGCACGGUUGCUUCACAUGGAUGGCUUGCAAGUUCCAUUGCGCUCGGCAGCAUGAUUUUUAUUCUCCAUUGCUUCUUCAUAGACCCCAGAUACAAAGACAGCCAACCUGAGGGCCCUCUGCCACAUCUUCACGGCUCUCUCACUUUGAUUGCACAGGCUAUAGGUCUUGCAUUGCCCACGAUCCUCCCUGCAUGCUGGCUUAUCAAUCCAUUAUGGUUCAGCUAUGGCUGCACAAGUGCAUUCGUGAUGUACCGCUUCAGGGACUGGAUGGGCUUUGUUGGUGGGCUGAACCUGGCUGUGUUUGUUAUGUUAUUGCUCCCUACUAUCAUUCGACAAUCUGCCCAGCCAAAUAAGUCUGGAAGGACAUAUACAUAUUUCACAGCAUUCUUUGUUAUGAUUCUUUUCUACCUUGCCGAUGUGUGGACAGUCACCUACACGUCCAUGCCAGGGGGUGUGUACCUGCGGUCCUUGUUACACAAUUUGUCACAACAUCAUUGGUGUUUGAAUGGCCAUCAAGAAAAAAGGACUGCAGCCAAUUCCAUAGUUCAUAUUCUAAGCUCGACGAGCUUCCUUGUUCGUCAUCUCCUUACACUUUUCUUGCUGUCUGCUGUCCUUGUAACAAUAUACCGCUGGACUCCUGUUGGACCAAGACCUUAUAAAUUGGGCACAGGGAUAAUCAAUGCUGGAAUAUGGACAGUGCAUUUUGGUAUCGACAAUAUCGGGCACGACAGCCAGAGAGAUAUGAAACUUGACGUAGUUGGCCUUCUGGAGACUGAUCUACAUCGGACAGUUUAUGGAAAUUGUGACUUGAUGCGAGUCGCUCUCCAAGACCUUGGAUAUUAUGUCGAUUUGGGCCCAGGCCCUAACAUACAUACAUGGGGUGCUGCUCUACUUUUGAAGUUCCCUAUUAUUCACUUGCAACACCACCUCCUACCAUCACCCCAUGGUGAGCUCGUGCCAGCAAUCAAAGCUGUGCUUGAUGUGUAUGGGUCAGAGGUAGCUGUAGUUGUAUCACAUAACGGUCAAGAGCAAGACCCGCUCGACUGUAAAUUGCAAAGCAAGGAGCUCGCAUGCAUCAUGGCAAAGUCCUACCCUCACCUCAUUAUUUUCCUUGGAUAUGUAGUCACGAAACCACAUAUCAGUAGAUCGCCCUAUGAGAUUUUGGUGUAUGAUGGUAUUGUACAUGACAUCGACCCACAGGACGGGGAUCAUUGGUGUGAGUAUAUUUUGUACAGAGAGCUUUACCGGACUGUGUAUGCUCAGCUACAGAUUGGACAGUUUUGGUUCCCAAUGGAAUACUAUGGCAACAACAAUGAGGGAGGUAUGAAUGGGCAUUUUUACCAUGUGUUUGACACUGUGAGGCUUCAGCCCAUUACAGGCACUGAUAUGACAUACUAA